UGGUAUUUUCUCGGUGAAACUUCGGAGCAAUGUCCAAGGCAGACAAAGCUCAGAAGUUUCUGGAAACUUCUAGAUUAUAGAAAGAGGCAUCAGCAACCUGUUGCACAGCCACUUCAAAUACUUAUAAAAACCCACGAACAAGUCUUCGUGGAAGAACAGAGAACAGACAUCAUCUUUAUUCUUUAAAUACUGGAGGAUCACUCUGUGACCUCUGGGGGGAUAAUACAUUUAUAACACCCUUCUUUUUCCCACGAUAUUCCAACACGUGAAUAAUCCGACACCACUCUCUAAGCCACAUGCACACCGCGGGAAGGCGCUAAUAUGUAUUGGGUAAGCGCCUUUUUGAGCGCCGUGCACUCCGCUAUUACACGUGAUGCUCUCACGUGAUAGCGCUCGGGCCAUGCGCAUAUUCCAAGGCUUCACGCAUGUUCCCCACAAAGCCCGCCUAGCGGUAACUGUUCAAUGACUUGCAUGAACAGAUCUGCAGGCACCUAACUGAUCUUAGCCUUUGAAUCUCGCCUUUCUCACCACAAGAAGUUGAAUCUUCCAGCUGCUCACCAUCUUCUCCAUUACUGCCCAGCGAGGCAUCGAAAAAUUGCAGGCGGCUAAAAAUAGAUGGGUCAAAAAAAGGCCUUCUUUUCAGGGUCAAGCUCGUCCCCCCGUCAAGCAUGGACCGAGCAAACCAAGUGCUAGCACAAGGCAUUCCCCAUGGCGUACGCAAUACAUACCGCGCUCUAGCAGAACAUCACAACGUCGCUCGCUCUACCCUCCAUGAUCGCGCACAUGGCAAACGCUCGAAAGAAGAGAAAGCCCAGAGUCAACAGUAUCUCACCCCAUGUGAAGAAAAAGCCAUCGUAAACUUUUUGUUGCAAAUGGCUGAAUUCGGACAACCUGUAAGGAUAAAGCAUAUACCUUCCCUAGCCUUCAUCAUCGCUCGCCAGCGAUCCACGAACAAACCAGCCAAGCCUCCAGGCAAGAACUGGGCUCGGGCUUUCGAGAAGCGCCAUCCCGAAAUCAAAGCAAGAAAAAGCACGGCGCUAGACUGGGAUCGCUACAAUAUCUAUGAUAAGGUCGUGAACUGGUUUGAUGUGAUUGGAAAAGUAUUGCAGGAUCAGACUAUCUUACCGGAAAAUGUCUAUAACAUGGACGAGACAGGAGUGAUGUUAAGUAUGCUCGACAGUGUGAAGGUCCUGGUCGGUAAGGAUGAUCUACGAAGCUAUCGAGGCGCGCGUGUGAAGCGUACAGUAGUAACCGCGAUCGAAUGCAUCAGCGCCGAUGGUAGGUAUCUGGACCCAAUGAUAAUCUGGCCAGCCUCAACUCACCGAGCUAACUGGACUACGUUCCCCACUCCUGGAUGGCAUUAUGCAUACUCCGAGUCUGGAUAUACCGACUCUAAAAUCAGCUUAGAGUGGCUUAAGCGUAUCUUCGAUCCUCAAACAAAAGAACAGGCUAACGGAAAACCACGGGUCUUGAUAUGUGACGGCUUCGGGACGCACGAAACCCUUGAAAUCCUGGAGUUUUGUUUUGAGAACAGCAUUUUGCUAUGCCGUCUUCCCUCUCACACAUCCCACAAGCUACAGCCUUGUGAUAUUGCUGCGUUUGCCCCACUGAAAGCAGCCUAUCGUGACCAGGUCGAGCGGCUGGAACGAGGAGGUAUAGGGACGAUUGGCAAGCAACAUUUUACCUACCUAUACAGCCCUGCAAGGGAGAGGGCUUUCACUGAGAGAAACAUCCUUGCAGGAUGGAAAGCAAGCGGUUUGUAUCCCUUCAAUCCCGACAAAAUACUCACAGAUAUCCCGAAGCCGGCUGCUGGACCGACGGUUGCUAAACCGACCAUUCCUACCCUCAGAACUUGUGAAAUCGAUUCUUGUCCGCAGGGUGAAAUAGUCCACACGCCAGUAACACCAGGGGCUCUUACAUCGUUGCAUAACCUGAUUAAAGAGGAUACUUAUGCGGAAGAUGAGAUGAGUAAACAGCGCCUACAGAGGCACAUACAGAAAUUUGCCAACGCUGCCCAAACAUGCUUUGCCGAGCGUGCUCUUCAGCGGCAACAAAUCCAUUUCCUAAGGAAAGUAAACAAUGAAGCCAGAGUUCGCCGAUCUACUAGAUCGCUGGUGAUAGGGACGGCGAAGGUCAUGAGCUAUGAGGAUCUUGAGGAGGCACGGAAGAAACGUGCUGAAAAGGAUGCAGCUAAAGCGAAGGGUAAAGAAAAACGUGGUCGAAAGCGCAAGAGUGAUGCAUCAGAGACAGAUGCUAUAGGCCCGGAGGCUAAAGUAGCACGGAUGAGUGAAGAGCUAGAGCCAUUGAGGGCUCCAGUGCCAUCCGUACAGGCUGUCCCAGUAGCACGAAUGUAUUAA